ACCAAUCCCCCACUACGAAGAAAACCAAAGAGAAGAUCAAAUGAAGCUUGUCUGGUGUCCGGAGAUGGCGUCCAAGGCGUACAUAGGAGCCGUGAAGGCGUUGGCCGAUGGAGAGAUAGAGAUAGAGGAUAGCAACGUGGUUGAGAUGGUCUCGGCCAUGGCCGGAGGAUGGCGUGCAGAGUUCAUAGUUGAGGCGUGGAGUGCUGGUGUGGCUACGAGUCUUGGGCUUGCAACAGCGGCCGUGGAGACUGGUGGGAAGAGGGUAUGCAUGGUGUCGGAUGAGAGAACAAGGGUUGAAUACGAGCAGGCGAUGGAGCACGCCGGAGUAGCACCGGCGGAGGUUGUUGUUGGGGAGGGGGAGGAGAGGGUGAGGGAGUUGGAAGGUGUGGACUUUAUGGUGGUGGAUAUGAGGAGAAGGGAUGCGGCGAGGGUGUUGGGUGGUGCGAGGCCGGGGCUGAGAGGGAUGGUCGUUGUUUGCAAGAGCGCCGGCGGGAAGGACGGUGGUGCUGUGAGGAUGAUGGGGCGGGGGACAAGGGUGGUGAGAACUGCGUUUUUGCCGAUUGGUGGUGGGUUGGAGAUUCUUCAUGUUGGUGUUGGCAAAGGGCCGGGUUUGCAGGGUGGUUGUGGUCGGUGGAUUAAACGUGUUGAUCGUGCCACCGGCGAGCUCCAUGUUUUCCGGCGGUGAAACCGCGUUGAUUAUGAUGAUUAUUAUUAUUUUGAUAUUUGAUGUAAAUUAUGUAAUUUUGCUUUUAUAUAUAUAUAUAUAUAAAGAUUAGA